GCUUCCUCAAGCCACAGGGUAUCAUGGUAGAGGUAUCUGUUAAAAAGAUCAUGCUUUUAACAAGGACUAUCCCCAGAGAAGAGGACCGUAAACACAGGAUAAUAUAAAUCUUCUUCUUGAAUGAAAAACUGUCAAAAUGGCAGCAGUUUUGGGUCAGUUUAUGGAAUUCCAUUUAGUUCAUGGGACAAAUGUGAAACUGGACCCCUCGAGGACUCAGGCCACCCGAGUAGAAAGUUUUGCAAAUGGCGUCUGCUUCAGUAAAGACCCUUUAAGCCCUGGAGAGAUCUUCCUAGUGGAGAUUGAAGAGAAAGAACUGGGUUGGUGUGGUCAUUUAAGGAUUGGACUCACUGCCCAUGACCCUCGAACACUGGGUACUGUGCCAGAAUACUCUCUGCCUGAUCUUGUCGAUAUGGGAGACAGCUGGGUAUUUGCAAUAACAAGAAACCAUAAUAAAGUCAUUGAGGAUGAAGGAGGAGAAGCAGAAGGUGGUGAACAGCCAAAUGUUGGUGAUGAAGCAGAAAACAAGCCUAAAACAUUUUUCACAGACACUCACCUGUACAUAGAAAACAUGAGCAUACCCAGAGACAAGUUAGUGGGACGCAGUCGGCCUGGGAGGUACAGUCACAUCCUGGAUGAUCUGUACAAAACCAACGCUCUACCUCCCACUGCCCGUCGCAGUCGGAUAGGGGUUGUCUAUGUACCAAAGGGACAAGAGUAUGCUGACAUGCACAUUAUCAUCAAUGGUGAAGACAUGGGAGCCUCUGCUAAAAAGAUCCCCACCAAUAAGCCGCUGUAUGCUGUUGUGGAUGUAUUUGCAGCUACUAAAAGUGUUCGGAUUGUUCAGGUGGAAUAUGGAUUUGCCUCACUGCAGACACUCUGCCGAAAGACAAUUCAGAAACACAUCAUUCUCAGAAUGGCUUUGGACUGGCUGGAACUUCCGGAGUUACUUAAACACUAUUGCAAAUAUGAAUGACCAAAACCUAUUAAAUGUCAACAUGCCAUAUUUUAAAUGUCAACCUGCCGGUCUUGACAUUUCUUUUGUGUUUGUAAAUUUGUAAUUCAAAAUAGUCUUUUCUUUGCCAUUUUUAAAUGAUUAAAUGCAAAGUACUUGA